GCUUUAUCAGAGUGUCGGCGUCUGCAGGAGUUUGCAGGGCAAGAGUUCACCGCUCUGUCGCUAAAUCCGGGAGUUCCUCUCAGUUUCAUGAUAGCUGGCGAAGUUUACAGGCAAAAACUGGAACUCAUGACAACUUCGAAGGAGUCGCUGUCCGCAAAAUAACUCCAGCCUUACUCAUGGAUAUAAAUUAAACCCGUGAAAUACAGCGGAUACUUUGAGCCGGUGUGGAAGGCAGUGUUUUCAUUGGCUUUACGGACAGCAACGAAGAUUCCCUUUUAAACGAGGAGAGUUUUCUGGGGGUAUUUUAGGGAGAGGGGCCCGAGACAUGAUAUCCAUCGGAGCUAAAAGCUGACGCUGUAGAAUGAGAGAGGAUGGAAGAGACAGACAACCCUGCCCCCGUGAGCAACAACCCUAAUGGGUUUGUCAACCGAGUGUUUAAUGUUUCUCUGGAUGUGGAGAAUGAGAGCAGCAGUGUUUAUAUUGAGGAGGCUGGGCCAGGGCCUGCAGAGGGGCAGGGAGACCCCCAGGCUGCCUCUUCUCAGACCCCUGUCAAGGACAGUCAGGAGGUCAACCGGAGGCCCCGUGCUACAGGGGGCAUCUGGAAGAUGUUGAACCGAAAGAGAGCGGGUUCAGAGCUGGAGCGCAGACCCCACUCCAUGAUCCUGCCCGGGGAGGCUUCCAUCCCUAAACUCUCCUUUGCUGACAAAGUUCGCUCCUUCAAGAAGCUUAAAUCCCCUAUUGUGUUCCGAGGGAAGACGGGAAAAUUGUCCACUGCCAGGUUUGGCAGCUCCUUUGUGGAUGAGGACUCUUUCUGCCACGACAUUGGCACACCACAGCAGUCCAGCAGGGGCACUCUUAGAAACCGUGGCAAGAGGCACUCCUAUGCAGGCUACACAGCAGAAUUUGAAUGCUCGUUUGAAGACAUCGACCUCACAGCUACUUUAGACAGACACCAGCGCAGUGUAACAGGGGAGACUGUGACUCAGAAUGGUUGUAAACCACCAGAAAGAGUCUGCUAUACUAAAAGAAACCACAACAACUCUACCAACUGUAACAAAACUGCUGCAGGCUGCGAGGAGCUGAGCGUUAAAGGUAGCCCGAGCACCCACCAGGGUCAGGGAAGGAAGAACAAAGAUGUGUGGAGUUACUUGAGGAGGAUCUCCCUGUUGGGGAAGGCCAAUCCUGUAUUUUCAGAGAGGAGCUUUGACUCAGAGCUUCCCUCUUGGGACAAGACCAUGGACUCAGAAUACGGUUCUGUGGACUUUGAGAACGUCAAAGACUUUCAACCGCCGCCCCCGAAACACUCCACUGACACCAAGGGGCACUUUGGUGGUCUGUUCAAGUUUUUUAACAGUGUAGCAGAGACAGCCAGGAAGUGGCGGACCACAUCACACUCCUUCGCUCCUCCAGAGGGAGAGAGGACGCCGAUGAGCUCACCACAGCCCACAGUGGACAACAUUCACAGUGUUUCCCUGACACUCCACAGUGAUGGGCUUCCAAAAUCCCAACCAGCAACACCAGCGACCGCUAAAUCCUCGCACGCAAGUAGCCUUGAAAGGGAGAAUCCAGCACCUGAGACAGGUGGACGGUCCCCUCAAGUUGUCCUGAGAGCCUUUAGGGCAUGCUCAGGAUCUCGAGCUGUUAAUGGCCUUCAGAGGUCAGAGGGUGCAGAGACACAUUUAGAGACAAACCACAGGUCCACAGCCAUAGUAGAGAAUCAUUUCCCAAAACCAGGUCCAACUACACAUACUAAAGAAGAAGAAGAGGUCGAAAAGGAUCCAUUAAACUGUCUCUGUCCAGAGGAAAAGGUAGAGGGACAGACAGGAAAUGACCCAGAUUCCAGGGAUGCUCCACCUGACUCCCACCCGUUACAGGAAGUGAGUGUCCAAUCACAACAAGGUGAUAAAGAAAGCACCACCAAUAGCGUGCCAGCAUCAGAUUCCACAGAGGAGAUAUUUAAGCUGUGUGAGCAGAUUGCCAGCCAGACAGGCUGCAGUGUGAGGCAGACCCCCGCCCGCCCCAGCACAGAGAAGACCUCUGUACCCCACAAGCCCCCGCGCCCUCGCCCUCGUCCUCGUCCUGUCUCUGCUGUACUGGACCUGCGGGGGCUCAACAACCUGGACCGAGACCUCUACAGCCACUAUAGUGAGGUCGGCUUGCUCUGCCGGCCGAGACCCAGGCCUGCUCCCAGCAUGCACUUCUCUCCGGGGCCGAGGCGGACGGCUGCUCGCUCCAGGCCUUGCUCCGUCAUAGAGACCGGUGUUACUAGGGAGAUGCAGUCCACGGAGCUGCACCACAGAGCCUUGUCUCGCCCCCCGGGUGUGUCCCCGUUAGAGCCCCCACUGAGGGCGUCUCUCCAGCGGUGCCGCUCCCUGCCGCUCCCCCCCAGCACUCUCUCUGCCUUGGCGCUGCUCCUGCCCAAGUCAGACAUGGGUCAAUCGUCGUCGUCGUCGGUGCGCCUGCGGUCCGGAGGCUCCGGCAGCUGCAGGAGGGGGAGGCUGCUGAGACCCGGAUCAGAACCACUGCAGGUCAACAUAUUGAUAAGUGGAGGUUCAAUCGUCAACGCUGAGGCGGUAUGGGACCAUGUGACCAUGGCGGACCGGGAGUUGGCGUUUAAGGCCGGUGACGUCAUCAAGGUGCUGGACGCCUCCAACAAGGACUGGUGGUGGGGCCAGAUUGACGAGGAGGAAGGAUGGUUCCCUGCCAGCUUCGUACGGUAUCUUUCUGUUCUGUCAUUCUCUCUCUCCAAGGUGGAACCCCACCCUCCUCAGCCCCAAACAAAACAGGUUUUCUAUCUCAACCCCAUAGCAACUCCACGGUUCCAAAACACCACGUCAAAGCUGUGGGUGAACCAGGAGGAUGGGGGAGGGGAGCCGUCCGAGGGGACCAGUGAGGUGCAGAACGGGCACCUGGACCCGACCAAUGACUGCCUGUGUCUGGGCUCGCCCCUCCAGAACCGGGACCAGAUGAGAGCCAACGUCAUCAACGAGAUCAUGAGCACAGAGAGACACUACAUCAAACACCUCAAGGACAUCUGCGAGGGCUAUUUGCGCCAGUGCAGGAAGCGUGUGGACAUGUUCAAUGACGACCAGCUGAAGGUCAUCUUCGGGAACAUCGAGGACAUCUACCGCUUCCAAAUGGGCUUUGUUAGAGACCUGGAAAAACAGUACAACACAGACGACCCCCACCUCUCUGAAAUCGGGCCAUGCUUUUUAGAACACCAAGAUGGUUUCUGGAUCUAUUCUGAAUACUGUAACAACCACUUGGACGCCUGUAUGGAGCUGAGCAAACUGAUGAGGGAUGGGAGGUACCAGCACUUCUUCGAAGCCUGUCGCCUCCUCCAGCAGAUGAUCGACAUUGCCAUCGACGGCUUUUUGCUCACCCCUGUCCAGAAAAUCUGCAAAUAUCCACUCCAGCUGGCUGAGCUUCUCAAAUACACUGCGCUGGAGCACAGUGAUUAUCGAUACGUGGCAGCGGCGCUGGCAGUGAUGCGGAACGUCACUCAGCAGAUCAACGAGAGGAAGAGGAGACUGGAGAACAUCGACAAGAUCGCCCAGUGGCAAGCCUCCGUUCUGGACUGGGAGGGCGACGAUAUCUUGGACAGGAGCUCGGAGCUCAUCUACACCGGGGAGCUGUCAUGGAUCUAUCAGCCGUACGGGCGCAGCCAGCAGCGAGUCUUCUUCCUCUUUGAUCACCAGCUGGUCCUCUGUAAGAAGGAUCUGAUUCGCCGGGACAUCCUGUACUAUAAGGGCCGCAUCGAUAUGGAUCGCUACGACGUGCGGGACGCCACAGACGGGCGCGACGACGACUUCAACGUCAGCGUGAAGAACGCCUUCAAAUUGUGCAACAAAGACAGCGAGGAGAUCCACAUCUUCCUGGCCAAGAAGCCAGAGGAGAAGAACCGCUGGCUCAGGGCCUUCCACGAGGAGAGGAAGAUGGUGCAGGAGGACGAGAAAAUCGGUUUCGAGAUCUCUGAGUACCAGAAGCGGCAGGCGGCCAUGACAGUGAGAAAGGUGACCAAACAGAAAGGUGUAAACAGGUGCACGCCCCCCUCAUACCCGCCCCCGCAGGACCCCCUCAGCGCGGGGCAGUAUGAGGUAUCGGAGGACAUGGCACAAGGAGAGGUUUUUGAAUUCAGUCAAUCCAAAAGAGGCCAGGCUCCUUUCUGGCAGAAUUUUAGUAGAUUAGCUCCAUUUAGGAAAUAGAGAUACGCGGACUCUUCUGAAGGACCAGAUAUUUUUCUUAGACGCACUACACACUGGAUGAUCCUGACCCAUCAUGAAGAAAAAUACGACAAAAAACACACACAAGAGACUUUUGAAAAAGGAAGGACUAUUGUGAAUAUGAUCAGCAAGAGGACUGAAGACUUUGGAUUUAAACAUUUAAAAACGUUACAAUUCAUAUAUGUUAGCAACGUUAUAAGUUAUCACGCUUCUCCGGCUGAACUCUUUCCCCCUCGGAUUCUGCAUCCUCACGCCAUCUGAAUGUCCUGGAGUUAUUUACAUUGUUAUAUUAAUUCAUUUUGAAUCCAUCGUCUGGAGAGAGAAGGCCGAGCCGGGGCAUUUCCUCGUAGUAAGAUCGUGAUAGAACAAGCUGACAUGUUGCUGCUAUGUGAGAUUGCUUGUUUGCAUUCUUCUGAAUGUGAGGUUGAAUAAUUGACAGCUGACGAAGGACCCGCGGAAGCUCGGCAUCAUCUCUGAUCCAUUCUGCCACUGAUCUCAGAGCAGCCAUGUCAACACUGUGUCUGCCCCCCCUCCUUUACUCCCCUCUCUAGCUGUCCGCAUUAUAGUAGCCCUCUCUUCACCCAGUAUGACGUUCUCAGUGUUUCCCUCGCUCUCUCCUCUCUAUCUCCCGCCCCCCCGCUCCAUCCUCAGUGAGUCACGGGCUCUCAGAGGAAACAGCUUCAUUCUCUUGGCAGGCUGCCAUCGGCCACGAUACGACGGGUCAGGGAACAAAUCGAUAGAUGGGAACAUCAAUAGAAUAUUUUCAUCCUUUCACCAAACACUUCUGACAGGGUAUUCAUAACCCAUCACACCCAGGGGGGGGGUUGACGAGAGAUGAAACAGCUGGGCGCGGGAGAUAGGCAGACUAUACGCUCCACCUGCCUUGUGUUUAAACCCCCCCCCCCGACACUCUCCCCCCAGAGACCACCCCUUGUAGCACUGUGCUGGCAGCUCACUGGGCGUUUGGAAAGGGUACAGCCUACCUCCUGAAACAGCUUAAAGUGAAAGCAUUGGGCGAUGUUUAGAGAAGAGACUCCUUCCGUUAAUUCUUUUCUAUCUCUCACAUUGUAAAAAGCACAUAUCCAGUCAGAGGAACACUUUAUUUCCUCUCGUGUGAGGACGCUAAAUGGGCCCCAGUGUGACGAAUUAGAACGAUCCCUUAACCAGCACAAGGGGAAAUGGUCACGUAAUCAAUUCUAAAUGAACAACUGAAAGAAAGGACGCUGCAGAAAAGUGAAUUCAAAGUGUAGCAUGCAGACGUCCUCUGGCAAAUCUCUCUCUAAAGACCGCAGCUUUAAAAUCUCAGCUCCCACACCGUCGUCUUUCCCGAUCUGAUCAAUGUUCUGGCAUUCAGCUUAAGUGAUCAGAUUAUUGGUUUGAUCAAACAAUGCUGUGGAUCCCGCCACAUGAGGUUUUAGAAUAGAUCUACUGAGGAAACAACUAUUUACACACAUCAUGAAGGUAUAUUCUUUUCUACAGUGGGGAAUGUAAGUGACACACGGUUGGUGAUCAUGCUUUAAACCUCAGAUACUUUGUGUUGAAUUAUUACCACCUGAUGGACAGUACAUAUAUGACAACUUGUGCAAUGUGAUAUAUCAUUAUAUAUCUUCACUACUCACUACCACGUGAUAUCAAAGAGUUUAUAUAUCGUUCUAUGUCAUUUGUUUGCCUUCUUAUAGGCCUUAUAACCUACUGGAGAAGAAAAAAAAAGACCUUUUUAGAAUUGCUUUGUAUGUUGUGUAAUUUAUGUUUUGUUUCAGUAAAAGGAAAGCGUUGAGAAACGGGUGAGUCGGCUGCUGGUGUUUGUAGAGAGAUGGCUCCCGGUGAGAUUGUUUUGGAAGAUUAUUCCCUGGUCUGGCACUGCAAAAAAAAAAGAAGAUAUGGUUCCCAGGCCAUGAUAACCUCAGGUCUUGUGCUACGCCCCCCCUCCCCCCCUACUUCACACCACCAACACACACAUAAUCAUGCACACUUGCUGGCCCGUUCUGCUGCGGAGAAGAGAGAUGCUAUCUAACAGUGCCUUCCAGCAUUCCACUAGUGAUUAUCUAUUCAGUUUCACAGGCAGAUUUGAAUUAGUCAUGUAUUUUCCCUUCGGUGUGGGACUCGCAUCUCUCUCUCGUACUUUCUCUCUCACACACACCGGGAAUUCCUCUUUCCCCAGUGGCAGGAGAUCCAGAAACUUAAGAGAUCAGGCCUUUUUUUCUUUAUUUCCCCCAUAUGAGUAGAUACUGUAACGUCUGACUGACUGAAACACACCUUAUUAUAUUAUAUCACACGAACAUAGCGGUAAUUUUAUUGCACAGAAAUAAUUUAGAAACGUUAUCAUCUAUUUAACAUGUUGAACGGUGGUUUCAUUUCAAAUAUAUUAUAGUCUAUUAGUUUUCAAAGUACAUUAUUAAAAAUCAAAAGAAGAAUCAUCUAUUUUACCUUUAUCAGCUUACACACUGUAAAUAAUGUAAAAAAACAGAUCAUAUAUUUGGAUAUUGGUAUUUUGCGUUGGAGACGAAUGUUGUUCCAGUUCUAGCGUGCGGUAGACCUCAGUACCAGGUAAAUGCAUGCUCGUGGCAUCCAAUAUUUUGCAUGAGACUUUAGACAACUCUUAGCAGAUUGUUUAGUUUCAUUUUACUUCCUAUGGGGGAUUUUGUUUUGUUUACCACACACCGCGGAACCAUUCAUUUGUGAAGCCCAUACCAUCUCACUGAAGGGAGUUAUUUUCUCUGUCCACCUGUCUCCAGCUCACAUCACCGCUUUGUAGCUUCUGGUUUUUAUUUAUUAAGUAGAGUGGGACAUCUUUCCUGAACUGCUGAUAGGUGAAAUUAAAGGCACUAAUGCUCUCUUCGCCCAGAUAUAUUGGGUACUAUAAACUGUCAUUCUAAAGUUAUAUAUUUGACUCCAACAUGCACUGUCGUAGUCCAAACUGCUGUUUUUGAUUUGUUUUUAUUUUGAUUUGAAUACCAUUAACCGCUGAGGUAAAACGGGUAUCAUUUUUCUAUGACAACGGUGAACAAAAUAGGAGUUAGCACUGAUCAUGGGUGUUUGUGUAUAGAUUUGUAGUCAAGCAGAAGAGCUGAAUAAAUUAAAACCUCUCGAGAUGAGCUAAAAAUAAACAUAAUCCUGUAGACACAAACACACACACAUACAGUACUUCAUUAUAAUUCAUAUCAUGCUCUUGUUUCUACUUAAGAAAUUAUUCUUUUGACUUGACAGUAACAAAUUAAAUUCUGCACUUGUAUUUAUUGAAUGCAGUAUUAAAUAGAACCGUUUUGGCCAUGCCGUUAAAAGGGUGUAUAUAUUGGUUUUAUUUCUUAUAUAAUUAUCAUCUGACCUUGUGCUGAGAGCUGAGAGGACAGCCUAUCUAUUUCCGGUCAUAAAACCGAGACAGACAAUUUAGCAGACUGUCAAUUUGAUGCAUCAGAGGUUUGCUCAGAUUUAUGUCAUUCCUUUCAGCCCAUGAGGCGCGUUCACUCACAUUUAGCAUUUCAGUAGGAACUCCUCGCGGUUGGUUAUGCAGUCCUGUGUUGUUUCACAAUAGUCAGGUAACAACAGUCUUCAAUGAGCCAUAUUAUUGAUGUGGUGUUCAAUGACAACAAGGUUAAACCGAAGACUGACAUCCCACUUUUGGAAAUCUCCUCAUUGUAAAUGACCUUCUAGUUUGAGGUCUGGAUUUUUGCCUAUCACAGAAAAAUGUACUCACUACCUACAUCCUUUGUCACCAUAUGCAAACAUUUGUCAUUUUCUUUCUCGCUGGCCUUUUGAGUUUUGAUUAUUUGUUGUAGAAAUUAAAAAUAAUGCCUAUUCAAUCCAGAAACUGUGAAUGGGAGAGUGGAGAUGUCAACUGUAUGUACAUUAUAUGUUUUGAUGUAAUCAGAAGCACUGGGAAUAUGUUGUACUUCGCUGUAAAAAAUAAAUCCAUAUCUGAUAUAGCUGUACUUUUGUUGAAAAUAAAACCUCUACAGAA